CCGGCCGAUGCAGCCAUCUUGGUUUCCUGACCUUGGACUGCAGCUGGCUGCUGUCUUUGGUCGCACCGAGCCGUCAUGUCUGUCCUGACGCCGCUGCUGCUGAGGGGCCUGACGGGCCCGGCCCGGCGGCUCCUGGUGCCGCACGCGCAGUUCCACUCCAAGCCUCCGCGGGAGCAGCUCGGCGUCAUGGAAAUGACCAUUGCGCUCACCUCCUGCUUCCUGUGUUGCCUGGUGCCUGCAGGCUGGGUCCUGUCACAUCUGGAGAACUAUAAGAAGCGGGAAUAAAGGGGCUUGUCUUCUCCUCAUCUUGUGACCAGAGCACCCCUGCCAGCCUUCCCUGAUCAUGUUUCAUGCAUUCCUUGCUGGCCUUCCCUGAAUCAUGUCAUUCAAUUCCACUCACCUGUAAUGAAACCAUGACAUCUCAGUGUCUCCAUGGUGACGUCUGGGACCACAUAUAUUGGGCUCUGCUUGGUGGGGUCCCUCUUGUAACAAUAAAGUCUAUUUAAAAUUUGCUCUGAAAA